AUGGAGUUGCCAGGCAACUGCCGGGUGGAGGCGAAGCGGGAACAAUGCAGGAGCUGCUGGGACCCUCAUUCCUCCAUCUCUACCCAAACCCUCUGGGCAGUGGGGCCCGCCAAAGGCCGUGGGGUCACUUGCUGUGUCCCCCUGGCCGCUGCCACCAUCCCACCCUGGAGUUGCCACAGGGUCCUCCCUGGUAUCCCUUGUGGUUUUGCAGGGGGAUGGACCCGGGAGAAGAGGACUGCCACAUGCUGGCCUGUCCAGAGGGUGCAAGAGUCGCUGCUGGAUGACAUCGUGCUCACCCACUCGCUGUUCCUGCCCACCGAGCGUUUCCUGCAGCAGCUGCACCAGCACUUUGUGCUGGCGGCGGGCAGCCCCCCGGCGCGCUGGGAGGAGGGGUCUGGGCUGCGGCGCAAGCGGGCAGUGCUGGCCGUGCUGCUGCACUUCCUCGAGACCUACAAGGGGCUGCUGCAGGAGGAGGAGAGCGCCGGGAAGGUCAUCAAGGAGCUUUACCUGCUCAUCAUGAAGGACACGUCCCUUUACCACGAGCUGGAGGAUGAGAUCAUCAAGCUGCACCAGCUCGUGGAGACUGUGGAGCUCAAGGUGGCCGACGAGACCCCCCCCCCGAACAAGCAGGUGAAGCCGCUGUUCCGGCAUUUCCGACGCAUCGACUCCUGCUUGCAGACCCGGGUGGCAUUUCGGGGUUCUGACGAGAUUUUCUGCCGCGUGUACAUGCCCGACCACUCGUACGUCACCAUCCGCAGCCGCCUCUCGGCCUCGGUGCAGGACAUCCUGGCCUCGGUCACCGAGAAGCUCCAGUACUCGGAGGAGCAGAGUACCCGGGGGGACGCCCUCAUCCUCGUCACCAUGGCCUCGUCCGGAGAGAAAGCGGUGCUGCAGCCCAGCGAGGAGUGCGUGUUCACCACCCUGGGCAUCAACAGCCACCUCUUCGCCUGCACCAGGGACACUUUCGACUCCCUGGUGCCGCUGCCCGAGGAGAUCCAGGUAGUCCCGGGAGACACCGAGAUCCACCGUGCCGAGCCCGAGGAUGUCGCCAACCACCUCACAGCCUUCCACUGGGAGCUCUUCCGCUGCAUCCACGAGCUGGAAUUCGUGGAUUACGUGUUCCACGGGGAGCGGGGCCGGCGGGAGACGGCGAACCUGGAGCUGCUGCUGCAGCGCUGCAGUGAAGUGCAGCACUGGGUGGGCACGGAGCUGCUGCUCUGCGAGGGGCUGGGCAAGCGCGCCCACCUGCUCAAGAAGCUCAUCAAGAUCGCUGCCAUCUGUAAGCAGAACCAGGACAUGCUCUCCUUCUACGCCAUCGUCAUUGGCCUCAACAACGCCGCCGUCAGCCGCCUGCGCCUCACCUGGGAGAAGCUCCCAGGGAAAUUCAAGAAUCUGUUUCGGAAGUUUGAGAACCUGACGGACCCCUGCAGGAACCACAAGACCUACCGGGAGGUGCUGGCCAAGAUGAAGCCUCCCCUCAUCCCCUUCGUUCCGCUCAUCCUCAAAGAUCUGACCUUCCUACAUGAAGGCAGCAAGACCCUCCUGGAUGGGCUGGUCAACGUGGAGAAACUGCACUGCAUUGCUGAGAAAGUGAGAACCGUGCGGAAGUACCGGAGCCGCCCCCUCUGCCUGGAGCUGGAGGCAUCCCCGGCCCAGCUGCAGACCAAGGCCUACGUGCGGCAGCUGCGCGUCAUCGACAACCAGAACCUGCUCUUCGAGCUCUCCUACAAGCUGGAGCCUGGCAGCCAGUGAGGGGGGGG